UUUUUGCCUGUGGUUUUUUUACUCACUUGGCGUCCGUUGAGCCGAGACGUAGAAAGGCGGCUGACUCUCUCUCUCUUCCGGUCUCCUCGUUGCUUCUCGGCGAAGGUUCCGUUAUUCUUUCGGCCGGACGUCGGAACUGCAAAGAAGAUAUUCUGGUCUUUCCUAGUUUUUGUUUUCUGGGAUUCUUGGGAACGAUCAGGAUUUUGGUAGUUUAAAUGCUUUGACAGGACAAACAAAUGGAUGUAGAAAGGGUGCUGGAGGAUUCAGAGAAUGAGGUCAAAACAUAUGAAAAUCUCACCACAGACUUGGAGAAUCCAAAUAAGUGCCUAUCAGUUGAAGACUUUCCUUGUAGCCACUUCGAUGGUACCAUGGACUUGGAUGCAACACGGGUAGACCAAGAAUUGAACCCAAAGUUUGAGUUUUCAGAUGAUUUGUUGCAUAUCGAGCAAGAGCAUCUGAACGUGACACCUCUUUUAGGUGACUGUUGUGAAUAUCUUAUGGAUAUGAGUUUCGCUGGACCAGCUGCUCAUUUGGGUUAUGAUUGUCAGACAUACGGUUCUGAAAAUUUGGGAUCAGAGGCUCAGUGCCGAAGUCCUUUGAGGAAGAACAAUGAUGAUGCUGGAAGGCCUGGUGAAACUGGUGCAGUAACGUCAUUGCCUGAAGCUAGAUUGGAACAAAAUCAACAGCCAGUUGAUAAUGUGACCAUCCACGAGCUUCAUGAGGCAUUUCACUUUACAUUUGGACGAGAUACAACCAUGAAGGACAAAUUUUGGCUCAAGCGUCAGCUUUCCCUGGGCUUGCAUGACCUUUCUCAAUUUGACAGUAGUUCCAGGAUCUUGGACAAGAAGCAGCUGUCUUCAGAUGUUGGCACACCGAGGGUACAUGGUGAAGAUGGGUUGUUUACGGGAUUGGUGGAAGUGACAAAUACCAACUAUGGGAUUUCAGAUGUCGAGGAUGCUGAAAGGACAUUUUCAACUACUAAGAGAUUGCGCAAGCCUACACGGAGGUAUAUUGAAGAAUCAUCGGAGAUAAAGACAAGAUGUCACGCUAGAAAACUGGAGCCUCCAUUGAAAAGUACACUUGGUAGCUUGUCAGAGGCAAGGCCGUCUGGCCAGAAACACUGGAAGAACUUAGAGAGCAUGGCAUUGGUUUGCAGGCAGGAUUCUAUUGGGGGAUCUGGUAUACAGGUGCCUUUUGUUCUUCGUGUCCGGAGAGGUCGUCCAAGGAAAAACUGCACAUCUCUUUUUACAGACAACUCAAAGGAGAACGAGGAACAUAUGAUAGUUGUGCCCAAGAGAACCUGUGGACCUUUUUGUGGGUCGGAAAGUGGUUCAGUCAACUAUGCUGCCAGGGUUCGGACUGCGAAGGGUGGUGUUAGACGGAAGCAUCACAGAUCGUGGACCCUUCAGGAGGUGACGAAACUAGUUGAGGGUGUCUCACGUCAUGGAGUUGGAAGGUGGUCUGACAUAAAAAGGCUAGAGUUCUCAGCAUCUGCUUACCGCACUUCAGUUGAUCUCAAGGAUAAAUGGAGAAAUCUUCUGAAAGCAAGCUAUGCACAACUACAAACCAAGAAAGUGUGGAACCUUCUGUGAGUGGAUGCGGUCCAUGCUGAAGUUGUAGUUGCUAAAGUCGUGAGCAUAAACAUAAAUUAUAGAACAAGUACAUCCACUCGGAACGGUUCUUAUGAUCCUGGCUAUAGAAAAGCCGAAACCACUUUGAGCAGCAGAAUGUUGGACCUCUCUCUCCUUCCAAGUAUGCAUCUUUUAUCGUGGGAUUGAAGGCUCUUUCCACAAAGGUGCUUCUUGCAGACCAAGUGAGAAAUUGCAGCACAUUGCAAACACUUUAGUAGGCUCUUAUGCUGGUUAAAAAGAAGCCACCAAAUAAAAAAGCAAGGCCAUUUAAUUGUUUCGGUGGUUAGUUGAUGCUGAUCUCUCUGAUAGUUCAGAAAUGAUGCAAAAGAAAAAUCUACACCU